GGAGAGUGGGAGGGAGACAAACACAGCUCCCAAGCUGCGGGCGGGGCUCCACUGGACAUCUGGGAAGGAGGGGCUCUGGGUCAGUGUCUGGGUAGCAUCCCCAGCUUCUCGGUUGCUAGCAGGCAACUCAGUGGGGUUGUUUACUGCGGAGCCAUCGCAGCCUAAGUGGCAUCAGCUGGUGAGGUCAGACGCCAGCCUAGCAACACUUUCUAAGCAACCAGAGCUCGGAAGACCAGAAAAAUCUCUGAAGAAAGGGAAGCUCAGGAGGGGGAAAGGGCUCCAAAGGGCCCUGUCCCUCGGGAUCAGGUCCUUCAGGUGCCCGUGGAGACCUGUCACAUGGUAGCAAGUGAAAAUUUGGAAAUGUUGGCUUCCCCAGAAACGAAGGGCCUUGUCCCUUUCACCAGAGAGUCUCUUGAAUUUAUGAAACAGCACAUUGCUAAAAAACGCAAUGAGGAAUAUGAAAAAGAAGACUUAAAGCCAAGCCCUGACUUAGAAGUUGGCAAUGAGCUUCCAUUUGCUUAUGGAAACCUUUCUCCAGGAAUGGUGUCAGUGCCUUUAGAAGAUGUGGAUCCAUACUUCAAGAAUAAAAAUACUUUCAUCGUAUUAAAUAAAAAGAGAACAAUCUUCAGAUUCAAUGCCACUUCCACCUGGUGUACACUGUCACCAUUCAGUUCUAUUAGAGAAACAACCAUUAAGGUUUUGGUACAUCCCUUUUUCCGACUGCUAAUUUUAAUUAGCGUUCUGAUUGACUGCGUCUUUAUGACCUUCUCUAAUGUGCCAAAAUUUACACCAACAUUGGAGAAUACUUUGCUUGGAAUUUACACAUUUGAAAUCGUUGUAAAACUCAUUGCAAGAGGCCUCUGGGCAGGACCUUUUUCUUUCCUUGGUGAUCCAUGGAACUGGCUGGAUUUCAGUGUAACUUUGUUUGAGCUUAUAACCAGAUAUUCACCUUUAAACGUCAUUUCGAUGCUAAAAGUUGCAAGAACUUUGAGAAUUUUGAAAAUUAUUCCUUUAAACCAAGGUCUGAAGUCUGUUGUAGGGAUCCUGAUCCAUUGUUUGAAGAAACUUACUGGUGCCAUUAUCCUAACUCUGCUUUUUCUAAGUAUAUUUUCUCUAAUUGGGAUGGAGCUCUUCAUGGGCAACCUAAAGCAUAAAUGUUUGUGGUGGCCCCAAGAAAAUGAAAAUGAAACACUACAAAACAGAACUGGAAACCCAUCUUAUAUUCAAGAAACAGAAAACUUUUAUUAUUUGGAAGGAGAAAAAUACGCUCUUCUUUGUGGCAACAGAACAGAUGCUGGUCAGUGUCCUGAAGGAUAUGCUUGUGUAAAAGCUGGUGCAAAUCCUGAUUGUGGCUACACAAAUUUUGACAAUUUUGGCUGGGCCUUAUUGGCCCUCUUUCGGUUAAUGACUCAGGACUAUCCUGAAGUACUUUAUCACCAGAUCCUUUAUGCUUCUGGGAAGAUCUACAUGAUAUUUUUUGUUGUGAUAAGUUUUUGGUUUGCCUUUUAUAUGGCAAGUUUGUUCUUGGGCAUAAUUGCUAUGGCCUAUGAAGAAGAAAAGCACACAGCUGUUGAAAAAGCUAAGAAGGUUGAACCCAAAUUUCAGCAAACUUCAGAUGAACUUCAAGAAGGAAAAGCAUCAGCUGAGACCAAGACCACACAAAUAGAAAUGAAGAAAAGACAAUCAAUUUCUAUGAGCACCUGUGUGGAUGUGUCGGAUGAUGCUACUCUCAGACAUAAAGCAGAACUUAAAGAAUCAAAGAAGAAAUGUCCAUUGUGCUGGUAUAGAUUUGCUAAAACUUUCUUGAUCUGGAAUUGUUCUCCCUGUUGGUUAAAAUUUAAAGAAUUUGUCCGUAUUAUUAUAAUGGACCCAUUUGUUGAUCUUUUCAUGGCCAUAUGUGUAAUAUUAAGCAUAAUACUUUUGGCCUUGGAACAUUAUCCAAUGAGUGAAGAAGUCAGCCAUUUUCUUGGCAUUGGAAGCCUGGUUAUUAUUGGAAUUUUCACAGCAGAAAUGAUUUUAAAAAUAAUUGCCAUGCAUCCGUAUGGGUAUUUCAAAGUAGGUUGGAACAUUUUUGAUAGCCUAAUCGUGUUCCUUGGUUUAACAGACCUUUUUCUAGCAAAUAUUGAGGGGUUGGCUGUUUUUCAAUCAUACAAACUGUUGUGGAUUUUCAAAUUGGGUAAAUAUUGGCCAACUUUUAGGAUUCUGAUGCUGACUCUGAAUAACUCAUUAAUGGCCCUGAAAAAUUUGGUCUUGCUGCUGUUCACGUUCGUCUUCUUUUCUACUGUUCUUGGCCUGAAGCUAUUUGGUUUAAGUUACAAAGAAAACGUCUGCCAAAUAAGUCAAGACUGUCAGCUCUCACACUGGCAUAUGCAUGACUUCUUCCACUCCUACCUGACUGUGUUCCGAAUUCUUUGUGGAGAGUGGAUAGAGACCUUAUGGGACUGCAUGGAGGUGGCAAGUCGUUUCAGUUGUAUUCCUUUUUACAUGAUGGUCAUUUUAAUAGGAAACUUAUUGAUACUUUACCUGUUUCUGGCUUUGGUGGUCUCGUUUAGUUCAUAUGAGGCUGCAACAACUGAAGAGCAUGAUGAAGCAAAAAAUCUCCAGCUUGCAAUAAGAAGGAUCAACAAAGGAAUACACUAUGUGUUUUCAAAAAUGCUAUGCAAACAACAAAAUGUUCCAAAGGGGACAAAGAACAAUGUAAAUGAUACAUAUAUUAAAGACCAUAUUUCUGACCAUACUCUUUCUGAAUUGAGCAACACCCAAGUUUUCCUCAAUGAUAAGGAGAAAAGCAGUGGCACGGAGAAAAACGCAAUGACUGAGAAUGAGAGCCAAUCACUGAUUCCCAGUCCUAGUGUCUCAGAAACAGUCCCAAUUGCUUCAGGAGAAUCUGAUAUAGAAAAUCUGGAUAAUAAGGAGAUUCAAAGCAAGUCAGGUGAUGGAAGCAGCAAAGAGAAAGUAAAACAAUCCAGUUCAUCAGAAUGCAGUACAGUUGAUAUUGCAAUCUCUGAAGAAGAAGAAAUGGUCCAUGAACAUGAAAAGCCAAAGCAUCUUAAGAAUGAUUAUGGACAGAGGUCUUCAACUGGUCAAAUUAAUAGAGAAUCCAAGAAAGGAAAAAUUUGGCAGAACAUAAGAAAAACCUGCUGCAAGAUAGUAGAAAACAGUUGGUUUAAGUGUUUCAUUGGCCUUGUCACUCUGCUCAGCACAGGUGCUCUGGCUCUUGAAGAUAUAUACAUCGAUCAGAGAAAGACUAUUAAAAUCUUAUUAGAAUAUGCUGACAUGAUCUUCACUUACAUAUUCAUUCUGGAAAUGCUUCUAAAGUGGAUGGCAUAUGGUUUUAAAGCCUAUUUCACUAAUGCCUGGCACAGGCUGGACUUCAUGGUUGUUAUUGUCUUUUGUCUUAGCUUAAUAGGAAAAUCUCAAGACCUAAAACCGCUUAUUUCCGUUAAAUUCCUUCGGGCACUCAGAGUUCUAUCUCAGUUUGAAAAAAUGAAGGUGGUUGUGAGAGCUUUGAUGAAAACAACUUUACCUGCUGUGAAUGUGUUUCUGGUCUGCCUUCUAACUUGGCUGAUUUUUAGCAUCAUGGGAGUGUACUUAUUUGCUGGCAAUUUCUAUGAAUGUAUUGACCCAGCAAGUGGAGAGAGGUUUCCUGUGUCUGAAGUCCUAAAUAAAAGUCAAUGUGAAAGCCUUAUGUUUAAUGAAUCAGUGCCAUGGGAGAAUGCAAAACUGAACUUUGAUAAUGUUGGAAAUGGUUUUCUUUCACUACUUCAAGUAGCAACAUUUAAUGGGUGGAUCACUAUUAUGAAUUCGGCAGUUGAUUCUGUUGCUGUAAAUAGGCAGCCUAAUUUUGAAGAGAAUAUCUACAUGUGUUGUUAUUUUAUCAACUUUAUUAUCCUUGGAUUAUUUCUCCCUCUGAGUAUGCUGAUUGGUGCUAUUGUUGCUAAUUUCAACAAGCACAAAAUAAAGCAGGGAGGGUCAAAUAUCUUUAUAACAGGAAAACAGAAGAAACAGUAUCGUGGGCUAAAGAAGCUGAUGUGUGAGGACUCUCAAAGACCGAUACCUCGCCCAGGAAACAAGUUCCAAGGAUUCAUCUUUGACUUGGUAACAAGUCGAGCUUUUAAUAUCAUCACCAUGGUUCUUAUCUGUCUCCAAGCAGUAACUAUUAUGAUACAAAGUGAUGAACAGAGUAUAAAAAUGGAAACUACUCUUCACUGGAUUAACUUCAUUUUUAUUUUGCUAUAUACUGGAGAAUUCAUACUGAAGCUUACCUCAUUCCGCCAUUAUUAUUUCACCAUUGGAUGGAACAUUUUUGAUUUUAUGGUGGUUGUUUUUUCCAUUACAGGAAUACUUCUACCUGAGACAGUAGGAUACUACCUUGUGCCUCCUUCCCUUGUCCAACUGGUACUUCUCUCACGGAUCAUCCACAUCCUGCGCCCUGGGAAAGGACCAAAGGUGUUCCAUAGUCUGCUGACUCCUUUGAUGCUCUCCCUCCCAGUGUUGUUGAACUUCAGUCUUCUCAUCUUCCUGGUCAUGUUUAUCUACGCCAUCUUUGGAAUGUACAACUUUGCCUAUGUUAAAAAGGAAGCGGGAAUUAAUGAUGUGUCCAACUUUGAAACUUUUGGCAGCAGUAUGCUCUGCCUUUUCCAAGUUACUAUAUUUGCUGGUUGGGAUGGGAUGCUCACUGCAAUUUUCAACAACUGUGAUCCUGAUAAAAUUAACCCAGGCACUCAGGUUAGAGGAGAUUGUGGUAACCCCUAUGUUGGGAUUAUUUAUUUUGUCAGUUACAUCUUCAUAUCAUGGCUGAUUAUUGUCAAUAUGUACAUUGUUGUUGUCAUGGAGUUUUUCAAUAUUGCUUCUAAAAACAAAGCCAAGACCUUAAGUGAAGAUGAUUUUAGGAAGUUCUUUCAGGUGUGGAAAAGGUUUGAUCCUGAUAAGACCCAGUACAUAGACUCUAGCAAGCUUUCAGAUUUUGCAGCGUCCCUUGAUCCUCCUCUUCUCAUGGCAAAACCAAACAAAGGGCAGCUCCUUGCCAUGGAUCUGCCCAUGGCUGUUGGGGACCGAAUUCACUGCCUUGACAUCUUACUUGCUUUUACAAAGCAAGUUUUGGGUAAUGAUGCAAGAAUGGAAAAGGUACUUUUAGAAAUAGAAUCAGGGUUUAUGUUGGCCAACCCUUUUAAGAUCACAUAUGAGCCAAUUACCACUACUCUAAAACGAAAACAGGAGGCAGUCUCAGCAACCAUCAUUCAGCGUGCUUACAAAAGUUACCGCUCAAGACAAAAUAGCAAAAAUACAUCAGAUAUUCAGAUGAUAGAUGGGGACAGAGUUGUUCAAGCUACGGAAGACGAUGUCUAUUUUGAGGAAAAGUCGACUAUUCAAAGCCAGAUCUAGUCUCACUUACCACUUCUUGACCUUCCUUACGUGUCACAAAAAUGUCAAAAGUUUAAAACAGAAAUAAAAGCAAAGGUCUGGGAAAGUAGAGAUUUCACUUAAUGACCAAUUGUUUAUACCCUAUGGAAGUUAAACUUGUGUUUGAAAGACUCCAUGCCAAUUUCACAUUUUAUCCACAUGUAUUCAAGCUAACCAAUCUAUCAGGAAAAAUAAUCAACCCCCUUAAUUCUUCUACAAGGAGCUAUUGUGGGUUCUAGUUACCAUUUGACAAUCCAGGGUUCAUUUUCUCUGUAUGGCUUAUAAGGCUUGUGCCUCUUCUGGGGGAUAGAGAAAGUAAUGGUAGAGAUUAGCAGCAAGGGGGCUCCCUUGUAUAUUUUACAUUUAUUUUAGCUCAAUUUAUUUUAACUCAAAAUAUUUUACGUUUAUUUUAACUCAAUCACUACUAAAAGGACUUGGUUACAAUUAAACAGAUACUUUCUUACUAUGGGGUGAUGUUUAAAAAUAAUGAAAUGCUACAGGCCACUACAUCAUAAACUUGCCUAGAAAAAUGUCUGUUUUUAAGGGGGGGUCUAUAGAAGGUGUCUUUGAGACUGAGCACGGAGCUUACUAAAACUCUGUUUGAAAAAGUUUGGUUGGAGUCCUAUUUGUAUUCUCUUUUUGUUCUUGUUUCCCUUUCUUUUUUCUACUGGGAAUUAAUAUCUUUUCAUCUUCUCUGGUUUCUGGUUUCUCAUCUCUUUCGCUAGUUCUACUAAGCUCUGACUCUUUAAUAGGAUGGUUUCAUAGGAAAAAAAGCACAAAGGAACCCAUAGUUAUGGCCUAUAUUUUCACAUUUUCUCAUUUACAUUUUUAAAGCAUACAUAUACUGAAAUGUUAUAAUAGAGGAUAUAUAUUACUUGAGUAUAUAUAUAUACUUGAGUACAUAUAUAUAUAUAUAUAUAUACUCAAGCUAUACCUUAUUAUAAAACUGAUGUGUUUUUACUAUUUAUCAAGAAUGUAACAAUCAAUAUGUGAGAUCUGGCAAAUGAACAUCACAAUACCUAUUAGAAGAAUCAAAGGCUACAGUUAUGUAUAAGGCAUUUCACAGUGUCUUGAUUCUUAAUUGUGAGGCUGUGGCCACUUAAAAGUACUUCCACUGUACUUGAUGGUUCUUUAUAACUAAGAGAAAGAAAAUAAAUCACUCAAACUGUGAGGACUGAGGUUUGGGAGAUAAAGUCUUUGUUGUUGAUGAUGUUAUUAUAUCAGUGCAUUCAACUUUAAUUUUUACUUAGUCAUAUUUCUAAGUUUUUUGUUUGUUUUUAAUCUCAUCAUAUAUAUAAUUAUUCUGGAAAAUGUUUUAUAUUUGAAAAUCUUUGAAGUCUAAACGUUAGCUUUCACUAUUCAAAAUAUUAUUUAAAAGAUAGGCACAAAUAGUUGUGUUUUUUGAUUUAUUCAUAAAAAUACCAUUGCUUACAUACAUGUAGUUUUGAGUUUCUGAUGUUUACUCCAUUUGUAUCAAGACUUAUUUCAAUGUGCCCACAAAAACCUAAAAGAUCCAAAAAGAAAAUAUGUAUACUGUUGACUUAAAUAUCAAGCUUUAAAUAUGUUGUAUGACAUUCAAUACAUUUAAGUAUCAGUAAUUGUAUUUUAUUAUGAAUGCAUGAUCUUGAGCCUUAACAAGUAUAAUCUAAUUUUUUCUGCUCCUAAGAAAUUUAAUAACCUGACCAAGAUGCCUUUAGGGGAACCCCUAAGAAAAUAUAAUUUCAGGGUCCUGUUUCUUUCUCUAAGUGCUCCUUCCUUUUCUCCUCUCGUUCUCCAUCCCUGUGAUGGGAACCAGUGAGGAAUCAGUGUUAACUUGGUGACAUGGUGACAGGUGGUGCUUUAUCUAAGCUUCUCAGUUUUCUAUUUCUUGGGAAUGCUUUAAUGUGGAAACUGCUUCAGAUACUAAACUGAGUCAUAACUUGCUUCUGUAAAUUUCCUAAAGACUGUAAACUAAUUUUAAUUUGAAAAUUUUGAUUAUUACUUGUAAACCAUGUUUGCCACUGCACUUCCCAAAACUGUGUAAAUAAUUAUUUUUAAUAAAACCUUUAAAUAUAUUCCACUUUUAGACACCAUAAAAAAUAAUAAACACAAACCUGUUGACCACACUAAGCUUUGGUUUUUUUCCUUCUUUGAUAAAGCCUGUGGCAGCUUUGCAAAUAAUUUUAAAUCAUGAAACUCCCACUAAAACUUAUUGAUUCAGGCUUUAAAUUCUUAACCGAAACUUGUACUUUCUUUAUAAAAUAAAUACUAAUAGGCAUUCUGGAGCUUCACAUGCAUUGACAAAAUGUAAAAAGCAUUCCUCUUAUCAAAAUCGUAAUUAUAAUUAUACUACAUAUAU